AUGGUACAGCGACACACUCGUUGUAGUACAAGCUAUUGUCUUAGAAAAAAGUCAAAUGAAACAGAAUUGAAAUGUAGAUUUCGUUUCCCUUUUGAUCAUUGUCCAAAGACAAAGUUAGAGUUUGAGAAAAUUCACACUUCAGGUGAUAAUGAGCAUUAUAGAGCUAAGAUUGUUACUAAGAGAAAUGAUGCUAGAUUAAAUAAUCAUCAACAACUUCAAAUCCAAGGAUGGAGAGCUAACUGUGAUAUUCAAGUUCUUAUUGAUCACUAUGCUUGUGUUGAAUAUCUUACAAAAUAUGCAGCUAAAGGUGAGCCAAAAUCACCUAUAUUGAAACAGGCAUACAAUUCUAUUGUGCAAAAUGUUCACAGUAAUACUGACCCUCGUAGAGUUAUUAAGAAGGUAGUUAUGAAGUCUCUUGGUGAAAGAGAUUAUGCCGCUCAGGAGACAAUGCAUCAUUUGUUGUCUUUAAAACUCCAUAGCUCAUCAUUUAAAGUGGUGCCAGUAAGUUUAAAUGGUUCACGUAGAGUGCGUGACACUGCAAGUAUUGAAGAAGGUGAAUCUUGCACCGAUUACUCACUUCUCGAUGUGUAUGGUAAUCGUCAUCAAUAUGAACAUGAACUUUGUCAUGAACAUGAACUUUGUUCAGUUUGCUAG